AUGCUUAAAACUAUAGUGGUGCCAGUAGUUAAGAAUAAAACGGGGGAUAUUGCCAGUCAUGAAAAUUACCGUCCGAUAUCGCUGGCCGUAGUUGUUGCUAAGGUGUUGGACAGUCUGCUGGACAAAGAGCUGGACAAAUAUUUGGACCUGUACGACGCUCAGUUCGGCUUUAGGCCAGGGCUUUCCACAGAAAGCGCCAUAUUAUGUCUUAAGCAGACUGUCCGAUACUACACGGAGAGACGCACGCCGGUGUACGUCUGUUUUCUUGAUCUCUCUAAAGCUUUUGAGUUGGUGGUUUAUAACAUUCUCUGGGACAAGACAGGCAUACACAAAGACCUGAUAAGUAUGCCAAAGUGCUGGUACAAAAACCAGCAAAAUAAUGUAAGAUGA